AAGCACCAUCAGCCAUGGCUAACCUCAACGUGACAAUUCGGAGCUCAGGCAUCGACCUUCCAGGGCAUCUGCACACACCGAAGUCUUUGCAAUACGCUCAGGAGUUCCAGUUUCAGGACACUGACACAGUGAUCAUUACGUACCCCAAAUCAGGUACCACAUGGAUGCAAGAGAUCCUCACACUUAUUUACAGCGAUGGGGACAUAACGCCUGCGAAGACUAUCCCAAACUGGCUUCGGACUCCGUGGAUUGAACAAUACUACUGUGAGAAUGUCCUCAUGAACAAAUCGGACCAUCGAAUUCUCACCACUCACCUUCCCUAUCACUUCCUCGCCAAGUCUCUCAAACAGUCCAAUGCAAAGGUGAUUUAUGUUGCAAGAAAUCCAAAGGACAUAGUUGUUUCUUAUUAUUAUUUCCACAAAAUUGCAAACUUUCUACCCGAGCCUGGGACUUUCGGGGAAUUUCUGGAAAAAUUUUUAAUCGGAGAAGUGAAUUAUGGAUCAUGGUUUGAACAUAUCAAAGAAUGGCAUAGUCACAGGGAUGAAUUCAACUUCUUAUUUAUCACCUAUGAGGAGCUCAAAAAGGAUCUGAGAAAAUCUGUCAUAAAACUGUGCAACUUUUUGGAGCAUCCUCUUUUACCCAAUGCAGUAGAUGCAAUUGCACGGCACUGCACUUUCGAAAACAUGAAAGACAACAAAAUGAUCAACUACACACUUAUUCCCAUAGAAAUAUUAAACCACGAAAAAGGAAAAUUCAUGAGGAAAGGGAUAGUUGGAGACUGGAAGGAGCAUUUCACACAUGAACAGAAACAAGCUUUUGAGAAAAUAUUUCAGAAGGAAAUGAGCAAUUCCAACAUUAUGUUCAACUAUCCUUUAUAGCUCUUGCCUUUGAAAACCAAGUCAAUAUGUUUGGGAGUAGUCUACCUCGUCUCUUAUGCCUACGCCACUAUUCAAUAUAACAUGGCUGAUCCACCCAGUGCCAAAAUCUGCAUUCGAUCCUAAGGUUGUACGGCAUGAGGAGUUUACACGCUCUUCCUACGACCAUGGGGGUCUUCUCUAGGAGCUUCAGUUUGCUGCAAAUCCCGGAAGGAGAGGGGGUAGGUUAACUAGUCACUGUAAACAUCCCUUACUAUAUCAGUGGGUGGUAGAAUCAGUGGAGUUUAUGGGAAUGUGGAGAGAGACGUAGGAACAGAAUUAGGCCACUCUGCCUAUCGAGUUUGCUCUGCUAUUCCAUUAUGACUGAUUUAUUGUCCUUCUCAACCCCAUAAUCCUGCCUUCACCCCGUAACCUUUGAUGCCCUGUCUAAUCAAGACCAAAUCAACCUCUGCUUCAAAUAUACUCAAUGACUUGGCCUCCACAGCCAUUCAUGGCAAAGAAUUCCAAAGAUUCACCACCCACUGGCUAAAGAAAUACUUUCUUAUCUGUGUUCUAAUUGGAUGUCCCUCUAUUCGGAAGCUGUGCCUUCUGGUCCAAGACUCACCCACUAUAGAAAACAUCCUCUCCACACUCGCACUGUCUAGGCUUUUUGAUAUUCGAUAGGUUUCAAUGAGAUCACCCCUCAUUCUUUUAAACUCCAGCAAAUAAAUGCCCAAAUCCAUCAAACACUCCUCAUACAUUAACAGAGUACAAGCUAAUGUUCAAUUCUAUUAAUCACCAAUUAAAGCGCUGAGAAAGAUUGAAACAGCGAGCCGAAUGAGCAAGGGUUCAGUACCAACGGCCUGCCUUUUGAUCACUGAUGGGAUCUCUCUGCUUCCCAAGGAGAAGCCUGCAUGGCAGCUCGUUGUGGACCCGGGGGGGGGGGGGGGGGGGUGAUAGGCCUCUGUAGUCUUGGUCUACCACCCUUCCAAUAAUGUCGGAGGAUGUUACAGGGGUUCUGUGUUAAUGAAUUGGACUAUUGUGUUUAUGGCCUGUAGAUAGACUUUUACAUUCUUAUGGUUUUUAUAUUAUGUUUUUGCCCAUUCUUUCUCAUUGUUUUUUGUGUGUGGGGGGGGGGGUUCAGAGAUUGAUGUAUUGUUGCAUUUUGUUAGUUUUUGUUGUGGGAGGGGAUGGGGUGGUUUAAUGAUUGUGUUGCCAUUUGUUUUUGUGUGUGGGGUGGUUGGUGUUGAUGUUUCUCUUUGAAUGACUUCCAUGGUUUUUAUUCAUUUCAUGGCUUUCUGGCAAAGACUAAUCUCAGUGUUGUGUAUUGUAUACAUACUUUGAUAAUAAACU